AUGGCAACUGCGAUGCCUGCUCCGUCGUGUCGGCUAGCAGAUGACGCCGCGACAGCUGCACUUUAUGCGACUCGUUCCGAACGCAAGGCGCCCACGCGUGCCCCGACCGCGCCGAACACCUACUUGAAUCCACGAGCCGGUGGAACCGCCAACCUCAGCCAUGCAUCGGCCGCCUCCGCUCUCGCGCAUGCGAAUCGCAAACCAGUCGAAGUAUGGCAGCCCCCUGCCCGACAGCCGGAUGCCGAGAGGGCCGCGUCCCUCGUGAAAGACUACACCCCUCCACAGCCACCGCCGGCCCCCACUGGACACAGUGCUGCUGGUUUGGGCGCUGCGCUGAUUGCCGCCCGUGGGGAACAGCGACCUGCGGCACCUGCUCAGGUUCCCACUCACAAGCGCGGCAUCUCCCUCGACCAGCACCCCGACCGCCAACGUACUGCCGUUGGUGGUGACCCGCAAGAAAAGGCUCUCCAGGCUGCCACAGGGGCCUAUACCCUAUCGCGCAAGAGGGCUGACUCGGCACUCAGUGAAUCCGGUCCGUCUGACGUCCCCCUUUUCUAG